AUGGCGGAUGGUGGAAUUGGUGGGAGUGAUGAAUCAUUCAUCUCCUUCGCCUUUGCAAUUGUAUCUGUAAUUAUGAUAAUACUGUACAUUCCCUGGAUGAUUCGCCAUGUACGUGGAACCAUUGAGUAUUACCUUACACCUAAGAAAAAACGUUCAGGUUUAACUAAUCCAUUGGUAGAUCUUUGGGACUCCAUCACGUAUAUUCCACGGGUUAUCUCCGUAUUGGCAGCUGAUCCAGGUAUGAUUACAGCUGGAGCCCGUAUUUGUUGGAAUGAAAAAAUCUUUUUUCUUCGUUGUGUGAUGCCGAAAUUUCUUAAAUUCACACUUCGACCCAAAAUUCUGGUUCUAUGGCUAUGGAUUAUUCUCUUUUCCUCAGCCAUGUAUGCAACACUUACUUUUGAUGCUCAUGCUAUUCUUGGAGUCUCACCAUCUGCUACUACAAGUGAGAUCAAAAAGGCAUACCGAGCCCUUUCUAAGAGAUAUCACCCUGAUCACAACAAAACAGAAGGAGCACGAGAAAUUUAUGUGGAUGUACGCCGUGCUUAUAAAGCUUUGGUGGAUCGCGAAGCAUUUGAAGAAGAAGAGGCAAAAAAUGUUCAUGAAUUCUCCGUUGGUAUUGCACUUCCACGAUUUUUAACUUCACGAGAACAUGAUGGAUUGGUACUUUUUGGUCUUCUUGGUAUUCUUAUUGGAUUACCUAUUAUUAUUUGGUAUAAUUUUAAGAGUUCUCAGAAAAUUCCACAUCUUGUCUGGCGUGUUCGAUUUGAUAAAAAGCGUGUGGAAAGUUUUCUGAAACACCUUGGCAUUCCAGAAGAUCCUAAACAUGUUGAACGACGGGAUUCCAGAGAAGCGAUCUUACGAGUACUUAUCCUUCUUGGAAUUUUACCAGAAAAUACGAAUGAAACGGUUUUGGCAAAUUUUCCUCCAUUUCCGGAUUUUAUUGCACGUUGUGUGGAAGUUGAUAAAAAUAUGGCAUUCUUACAAAAUUAUUUUGAUGUUUCUGCUAUUCAAACUCUUCAUGAUUACAUGGUGGAGAAUGGUGUACAGUUACUGGAUGAAUUUGUCGCUGCACAUGCGGAAACAAAUUCAAACGAGACAUCCGAACCUCAUUUGGUUUCCUAUACAGAAUACAAAGCCAUUCGCUAUUUAUUUUGGCAACAUACCGUCCAAGUGGAUGAGGCAUUGGAUGAACUGCUGGAGGCAAUGGGUGGAACACUUCCCAGUGCACGUAAAUUACAGAAUCUUCAUGAAGAAAUAUUUGAUUUACUCCGUUUGGUGUUUGAAGGAGAAGGGAAACCUCUUCGUCAGCAUAUUCAGAAACUUACAGCUAUGCCACAACGUGUGUAUGAUAUUGUGGAUUCUCUCGAACCGGAAAUAGAAACAAUAUACAAACGAGUAUACAAGAAUUACCUUCAGCAGCAAGUCGGAAAUAAACACGAUCGUCGUGUUCUUAAGGCUAGUAUGCGAAGAAUGUAG